GACCCGGCAGUCUCCGCUGGUACACCGAGCUGUGUGUUACCGUUCCUCGCUUGUUGUAUCACGUUCUCCGCCGUAAUCACCGUCGACGCGCGUCCCAUCUGACAGACCUGUAGUCGCGGCACCACGUCGUCGUUUCCACACACACACAUACACACACAUACAUAUACACAUACGCGCGGGCAACCCUAUAUAUAUAUAUAUAUAUAUAUAUAUAUACAUGUAAACUCAUAUAUAUGUGUAUAUACUGUACGUAGAAGCAGAGAGAGAGAGAGAGAGAGAGAGAAAGAGGGGGAGAGAUAUACACACUGGUGACCCAGCAGCGUACACGCCAUCCCCUGUAAUACGCACAUCGUAUAACGUGUACGAGGUCCGUGCACACACCAUCCGCCGGCACACGCGUCCUCUCGCGCACACGGACCACCGGUGAACAUCGAGGAUCCUCCUUCGAUACACCGGAAGGAGGAGAUAGAAGGGAAGGAGGUAGCAGCGACGCGGGUGUUCCGACCAGUGCUACGACGGAGACGCGAGGAAGGAAUUAACUGCCGUUAAUCUGGCACGCGCGAUCGACGAAUUUCCAAUUAAGUGAAAAUAUCAUCGCGGGGAAGAUAGACUUUUGGUGCGAAGCAGGUGCGAACGGUCCUCGUCUGUUUCGUCUCUUCUUCGUUCAUCGGCUACUGACAUCGAGGAAUAGCACGUGCAGAUCGGGGAACGAGGCGCGAUUCGAGGCAGCGACCGAUCACGACAAAACCGCGCAAGGAAAACGGAGCACGGUGAGAAAGCAGAAGUGUGGAUAUUCCGCAUUCCGGACAAGGAUAUUCCGAGGGUGUUGCCGAACUUAGUGAUCUUCCAUUGACGUCAUUUCGUGCUUUCGUACUUUCAUUCGAGGGACGAGAAUAGUUGUUCGCUGAUUCGACAAAGACAUUGAGAGGGAUCUAUCUGUGGACGGAGACGAGGCGACACCCGAAUCUCGAACAGGCGGACGCCACAGUGGACGGGCGUGUCGUCUAGUGGCGCGUCGUCGAGGGGUCGCGAGGCGUUGGCGGCAAGACGGCCGAUCGUGCGACGGUGCUGAGUACUAUUCCGCGGCUGCGAGGACAAGCAACAGCCCGAAGAUUCUCCCAGCAAAGGGCAAGAUGCACAUCGAGGUGCAGGUGGCGCUCAACUUCGUGAUAUCGUACCUCUACAACAAACUGCCGCGAAGGCGGGUGAACAUCUUCGGCGAGGAGCUCGAGAAGGCGCUCAAGGACAAGUUCAAGGGGCACUGGUACCCGGAGAAACCGUUCAAGGGGUCGGCGUUCAGAUGCUUGAAGACGGGCGACCCGGUCGACCCGGUGCUGGAGAAGGCGGCGAAGGAGAGCGGCGUGCCGAUCCAGGACAUCCUGGAGAACCUUCCGGCCGAGCUGGCCGUGUGGGUGGACCCCGGUGAGGUGAGCUACCGCAUCGGCGAGAUGAACGCGGUGAAGAUCCUCUACUCGGAGACGGGGGACCCGCACGACGAGAGCUCGGCCGACCGGGAGGUGACCAAGACGUUCAACCCCGAGGCCCAGUGCUUCAGGCCGAUCGAGGCCGUGGGCACGUCGCUGGGCGGGCUCAGCCUUAGCCCCAAGUCCACGUCCCCGUUCCCGAGCUCGUUGGGCAGCAACGCGAGCAACGGGUCGUCCAACAACCAGCAGAGCGGCCACGGGUCCGGUUCCUCGUCGGCGCCCUCGCCGACGCCCAUCACCAGCUCGUUCAAGGGCUCGCCCAGCCCCGUUCCGGCCUUCAUCCCGCGCACCACGGCGCCGCUCACCUUCACCACGGCCACCUUCGCGCAGACCAAGUUCGGAAGCACCAAGUUGAAGACGAGCAGCAAACGAGCGAACAGAAUGUCGCCGACCGAGUUCUCGAACUACAUCAAGCAGCGGGCGAUGCAGCAACAGAUCCACCACCACCACCACCACCAGCACCAGCAGCAGCAGCAGCAGCAGCAACAGCAACAGCAGCAACAGCAGCAGCAGCAGCAGCAAGCGGCAGCUGCGGGCGGGCUGCCCGUUUCGCAGACCUCUCCCCGAAGCCGCAGCCUCUCGCCCGGGAGCAUAGUGGCGGGUGGCGGGCAACAGCACACCACGGAUCCGAGCGCGUACUUCUUCCAGCACGGGCCGGCCACGUAUCACCCCCAAUUCCCCCAUCGCAACAUCUUCGACUCGUCGAGCCACGGCGGCUACCUGUCAGCCGACCUGUACACAGGCGUCAACUUCCCGUCGUCGUACCUCGACCCGACCACGAUCGCCGGCCACCAGUUCUACGGAGGCAGCGUGAACGGGACGAGCAACGGGGCGGGAAGCAACGGAAACACGCAGAGCGGGGGGAAUCUGGGCCCGGUCGGGUCAGCUGCGACGAACAGCAACGUGAACGGGUCCGGCCAGCAGCAGGACAAGACGGCGCUCGUCGAGGGGUUGAACAACUUUGGCCUUGGAUCGGUGGCGCCGUACCCGGCCAGCCAGUACCAGCACCUCCUCGUAGCCAACUAAUACCCCGCGCGAGUGGAGACCGAGCGGCUGGCGCGGCUCGAGUCGCGUCUGAUCCUCUGCUGCUUCACAGGACAGGAAGGGGAGUCGGGGAGGAUAGUAUGAGGGGGCCGGGCCGUGCGAGCGUGAGCGAACGGGGCCACGUUCCAGCCUCUAUCUCGUGCGUCGAGACGUCUUCGUCGUCCAGAGUCUAGGUUCCGUACCCUGACACACGUAAUACACACACACACACAUGUAAUACACGCAUACAUACAAAUACAUGAACACACACGUACAACCAGAUUUUCGCUUGCACCAUCCGAUCGGAGCUCACCUUCCUGCUCACCUACCCACGCUAAAUACGUAUAGAGUUCCCCACUCUGUCUCUCUCCUGGCGAAACGAGCGUCCAAUCCAGCAGAACAACAACAACAACAAGCGGCAAGGUCGGUAGCUCUGCAUUGCUAGUGCAACGAUACCCUCCCCUCCUCCCCUCCCACCCGCCCCUCUUCGAAGAUCAUCGCGACGACGCCCGAAGCUCAUCGACUCCUGUCUUCUCCGAUCUUUCGGGAGGAAGAGAGGGAAAGAGAGAGAGAGAGAGAGAGAGAGAGAGAGAGAAUCGGGGAGAGAGCGUGCACUGCUUCUGCUCUCUUUGCCUGUCUGUCUCUUUCUUUCUCUAUCUUUCUCUCUCUCUCUUUCGAAUAUGGCGAUCCGCUCGAUCUUACGUGUGUGAACAAUUUACGUGCGCGAAACAGGGAGACAGAGAGAGAGAGAGAGAGGAAGAGGACGGACGCGAUGAAAGCACCGUGGAAGAGACAGCACCGAGGUCGACGCGCGCGAGCAUCAAGACGACGUGACAUGGACGUGGAGAAAGUGAGAGAGAGAGAGCGUGUGAGAGAGAGAACGAAAGGGAACGAAAGAGGAAGAGAACGAGAGUUAGAGCGAGAAUGAGAUUAUAUGGAGCGUGUAUAGAGGGAUUCGUGUGCUAGAAGCGUGCGUGGAACACGUUCGGGAGGAGUGAAGAGGCGGAGGAACGAAAGAAGAGGAGGUGGGAUUGUUCGAUGCGACGGUACUCGCGAACGCGAACUUUGCGACCGACUAACGUAUAUAUUAUAUAUAUAUAGAAAAGCCGCGUGUAUCUUGAACAUUCUGUAACCGAAAAAAAACAACAACAACAACAACAACAACACGGAUACCCGAUCAGCGCGAUGACGCUUGUCGUUCGACGAAUGGCUGCCACUUGUGUUUCGGACUAAUUUCGGUCGGCAGCCAUCUUGAGGCGAAUAAAUCUUGAGAUACCGUACGGUCGCGUAAAAAUGGAAUUGCGUGUAUACAAGAGACGCGUACUCUGUAUAGAGAGACCACAGAGAGACCAAUUCGUGAUAUGCUCGAGGAAGGAUGGAAGAAGAGAAUGAGAGAGCGAGAUGAAAAGGUCGAACGACGCGCCAUGCGCCCACACCUGGGACAGCAAAAGAGCCAAGAGACACACAUACAAAUUCGUACGCGACGCGUACGUAAAAUUCCACACGGGCCAGAUUCAUACGCAACGGACACACUCACUCCCAACCAUUUACCUGGCGACCUAUAUACAUAUACAUAUGCAUAUAUAUAUGUAUAUAUAUAUAUAUUACAUUGUAUCUACAUUUGCCAUGUGAACACACGGAAAUGCCCCGCCUGAUGGUGGCACGAUCACGAGUAUAUGAUACAAAGACACGGAAGAUAUGCAUAUAUAUAUAUAUAUAUAUAUAUAUAUAUAUAUAUAUAUAUAUAUAUAUAUAUAUAUAUACAUAUAUACACACACACGGAGGCAUCACGCGUCCGUGGUAAAGACACAUUGAGGGCGGGGUGUGCGGACACUUAAUAUCGCGCACGACUUCACCAACACAUACACACAGAUAUUACCAACGUGUAAUAAUUUAUUUUUUCACUGGUAUAGUCGGAGAAUUGAUAUUGAAUAUAUCUGUAGAGCCUAUGUAUUAUAUUCAAAAUAUGCACUCACUUCGCGGGUUGUCGCGAAACGGUGUAGGGACUACCAGUAUCCGGUCUGUCGAAGCGUCGACGAACGAACACCCGGGAAGGCUGUUUAGUCGUAGCACAUCUUCUGCUAGAUUAUUCCUCUUACGCACAUUUGUUCGAUUCGGCGGGGGGGAGGGGGAGGGAAACCGACGACCGAAUCGAGGAGGAAGGAUGGAGGACGAUCUUUGAUGAAUCUUGAGAAGACAAACGUGGCGGUAUUGGAAAAGCGAAGAGGACGAUGAUAUAUACGUAACACGGCUGCCGGUGGGAUUCUUUCUCGAUCGAGUCGCAGAUGGUGCUCGCGGUUCCAUACCGUUCGGAAAACUCGUCCUCGGUACGAUUUUACAUUUUAUUUUUAUAAUAAAUGCAGUAGAGCGUAGGAGAGAAAAAAAAAAUUGAAAAAAGAAGCAAAGAGGGGAGAAAGAGAAAGAGAAAGAGAGAGAGAGAAAAGGGAAGAAAAGUAGUGGUGGAGUGUUCGCGCGAACGGGAAUAUGGCCGUGUUGCGUCGCUGCCCCGCCAAGGGAAUCAGAGUUUCUCUUCACGGCCGUGAGCGCACCGUGGCGUUAGUGGCGUCUAGAGUCGACCGUUGUAUCGAAGAGGAAAAAAAAAAAAAAAAAAAAAAGAAACUUUGAAACGAGCGGUCGACUGCGGUCGUUAUACGGGCUUAAAGAAGAAUAUUUGAGCUUAAGAAGAACUUGUUGUCGACCGUGAUCGACGCUUUCGAUUUAUUGUAGUCCGUUCGUUUCCCUUGUAAGUUUUUAUUUCGACGCGACCUAACCUAUUCCAUCGCGUGGGAUGAUUAACGGAUCAAUCGGACGACGCUAGAUUCGUCCGUAACGGGACAACAUUCUCGAAAUUGCGAUCGAACGAAUUUUCCUAAUUCCUGUUUUCAUCACCCUUUAAAUUCUAAUCUAAUUCGAUCCCAUUGACAGGCGCCGAUUCCAGGCUAUCCGAAGUAGCGUGGUUGGCUGGUCCUCGCCCGACGAUGUUCGAAAAUCAUGGACAAAGGGCGCGUCGAAAGGGAAACAAAGCCGGUGAAAGGGGUUUGGAGCAGCGAGCAACCAGCCGGUUCGCGUUCGCGAGAUUAAUUAGAUGAUUACGUUGUUAAAGGCCGCUGUUACUGUCCUCGACGGCCGGAGAUGCGACCGUGCUCGUGACCUCGAACGACGCCUCCGGGCGUCGAUCCGUUUAAGCAAACUUUGGAGCGUGGAGCUAUGCAUCAGAAUUCAAUUUUGCCGAAUAUUUUUCCAACGCGAUACAGUUUCGGGGGCUUUAGCGUUCAUUCUAUAAUUCUAUGAAUAUUUAUCGAUCGGCGGGGAAAGUUGGGUAGAAUUAAAAAAUUAUCUUAGCUCUCUAUAAAAACAUUUGUCUUACAAAAAUUAUUAGCUUCUCUCUAAGUAAAAAAAAUUCCAUCAAAUUCAUUCGCCAGUUUUGAACUCGAAACUCGUGUAAAUAAAUUACGUACAAAGUCGGUUUAUAAAAAAAUCGGAAUCGAAAAUCGCUCUCUUACGUGCUCGCUCCACGCUCGACCUCGGGCUUCAAAUCCAAGAUCCAGUCUCCGAGCAUAGCACGGAUGAAUCAUAACUUCUCCUUAUUUGAUCAUCAGCUUGUCAGAUCGGGUCACGGUCGGCCCCGUCCGUCGAGCAAUCGCGAGAAGCCGCGACAGCAACAAUGGCGGCGGAGGUGUCGCGAGCCGCGGGCCGGGCACUAGGUGCUAAAAGUAUUAAAAAAAAAAAAAAAAAAAAAAAAAAAGUGUUUAAUCCUGUCGUCGUGGGACAAACGUACGGAAUAAACGCGGCCAUGGAUUGUCGAAUUGCUCGCGCGAAAAGUGGAAGAAGAGAGGGAGGAGAAGAAGAAUCGCGUUUCGCGUCGGUCGAUCCGCUCGGUCCUCUCUUAGACUAGUUUUGAAAAAAGAAAAAAAAAAAAACUUUAGCGUGAAACUUUGUAUCGUGUAAGUGUAAUAAGUAGUAUAAUUUUUAGGCGUGAACUUUCGUCGUUCUUUCGUACGGAUUUUUAUAUAGCAAGUUUUGUAUGAUCGACGCCGAGCAACCAGCUUCCUGCGGUCGUUCCGUCAUGGAUCCGAGAGCGUAUCGAUCGGCCGAUCCUCGACGUCUUUGCUCGCUUUUUCUGUCGAGCAGAACGAGAAAUUUCCCCAUAAUUUGAAUAAAACGGAUUUCUUCGAUGCGGAUGGACUAAAUUUUGUCGAGGGAUAAGAAAACCUCGAAAAUUCUCGGAAACUCGAAUGGAAAAUUCCCUGAAAGAAGAGUUCCUUCGAUAUAAUAUUAAGAGACUCUUCGAGACGAGAAGAAUAAAGAGAGAGAGAAAGAGAGAGAGGCUUCUUUCUAUUGGAAAAUCGAGGAAUCUUGAAAACUGUCGAGCGAUUCGGCAGUUGUGUGGCCGCGCGAGGGGGUGCUAAAAACAAUUGUUUUUUAACCGCGGAACUAAUAAGGGUAGGAAGAAGUGGAAGAGGAAAAAUCGCGGGGAACAGAGGCGAGAGGGGACAAGGUGGGAGAACGGUACCCUUUAUAGUAAUAUCUAAACUUAAUUGUAACUAUUAACGAUACGUACGACUGUGGUAGCUAUGCUAGUACCUGCUAUUGUUAAAGAGAGAGAGGGGGAGAGAUUGGAGAGAGAGAGAGAGAGAGAGAAAAAGAGAGAGAAAGGUAGAGCGAAAGAAAUCGAUUGGAUUGAGUGAUGAGUCGAGGGAAAGAAGGGAGGAGUAAAGAGGGUUGGUACGUGGCGGAAGAACGUCCAUCGAGUGUAAGGUGACCCACUUUCUCGGAUCACUUUCUCGGAUAUAUUCGGAUCGUUGAUCCCUAGAUAGAAAAAAAGAAAGAAAAAAAAAAGAAAAGAAAAGGAACAAUUUUCGAUCGAGCCUCGAGAGAAAGAGAGAAAGAAAGAGAGAGAGAGAGCUCUCUUCGCACCUGGAUUAUUUUUCUAAUCUUAAUCUUUGUAAUCAUCGAACGAAUUGGGUGUCCGCGACGAAACAAGCGAAUCGAGAUCCUCGAUUCGUCCUCGAACAAGAUCCUCGUCGCGUUUUGGCGACGUUCAUUAUUAUAAUAAUGUCUCGAGGCUUUUCUUUUUUUUUUUUUUCUUCUUCGACGAUCCGAUCAGGAAUGGCGAAUAGGAGAAUAGGCGAGGGAAGGAUCGAGAGAAGGAAAGUUGGAGCAAGCGUUGAAGCAAUGAGUUGCGAAUCAAAUAUGGAUCUCGGCUUGAGACGAGAGGCUCAGUUCAGCGAAGAAUCAAACACACGUACACGAUGUAUACUCUUCUAGCAAAACGAGAAAAAAAAAAAAAAAAAAAAAAAAAAAAGGAAAAAAAAGAACGAAAGGGAAGAAGAGGGAAAGAGUGAAGGAUACUGAAUCGGGUUGAAAUCGGUGGAUGCGCGAGAUGAGUUGAAGAGGAGAAAAAGGGAGAAAGAGAAAGGAACGAGAUAUAGAGCAUACAUUGAGAUACAUACAAAAAGAUAAACAUAUAGUAUUAUACGAUUACAAUACGAUUGUAAUGAAACACUUUGUAAGCAAGGAAACAAAAAAAGAAAAAAAAAAAUUAAGCAUAGUUUUCCAUAAUCUGUAAUGGAUGUAUUCGUUAACGAAUAAAAAAAAAAAAAAAAAUGACGACGAGUGGUUAAGGAUAAUACACACGAACGACACGAACACACACAUACACACACCGACACGCAUAUACCGUACACACGGACACACAGUUGAAUAACCGUUCGAAGUAACUCGGGUACACGACACACAAGAAGUAAUAUGAAAAAAAAAAAGAAUAAAAAAAGUAACUAAUAAUUAAUAAACACGUGAGUAACGUGACGACGUAAACAAACGGUAAAUCUGUCUCUUUAAAGUAUCAUGUGUCUAUAAACUAUAGCGAUCGAUAUUGUCUUUUUAACCGUAAAUGGAGAAACAAGUAAUCGUGGUAACGUAACUAAUGUCAUAGCGAUAACCGAACACUGCAAUAUUAGAUAUAAUAUAUAUUCAUACAUUUAUAGAGAGAGAGAAAGAGAGAGAGAAAAGUGAGGAAGAAAGAGAAUGAGGGAAGAAGAAAAAGAGGAUAAAGAAAUUGUGCGAGGCUCUGACGCGCGUGAUUAGAAAAAAAAAAGAAAAGAAAGAAUGGAAAAAACAGAGGAACAGAGAAAAAUUCGAAACAACUCGAGACGAUGUAUCAUCGAUUCGUUCUCGAAAGCUUUUUUUUUUGGUUGUCGAAGAUUGGACGAAAAAAAAGGGGGAAAAAGGGAACAGUAAUAAGAAUACACGCAUGUAAAGAGAGAGAAGGAUUGGAACAACAAAAUGAUGCGAGAAUCGCGUGUCAGAGUGGAAGUGAGCAAACGUGAUACGAUCUCCAGGCACAGUUGAAAAGAGAAAGCCGUUUCAUGUUGAAAAAUGAAAAAAGAAGAAAAAAAAAAGAAAAAAAAAAGAAAAGCAGCAAGAGUAAAGCAAAAUGAAAACUGAAUGGAAGCGAACAAUAUUAAAUAUGCGUUUUGUGUAUCGGACACACUCGAAGCUACACUCACGCGCGCACACACAGCAGAGACACUGUUACUACUACACAUACACACACACGAACACGACACACGGAGAAACACAAAGAAAGACCCAAAAAAAAAAAACCUAUCGAUUAUUCUACCAAAUAAUGAAUUAAACAAGAGGAUGAUCAUUAGAUUUGUAAUUAAUUACAUAUAUAUUUUUCAAUACUUUAACUACUUGCUGAAUGUAAACUAUAUACAUAUAUAAUUAUAUAUUAUAUAUAUUAUAUAUAUAUUAUAUAUACACACACAUACCGCGUAGGGCUGUAUCUCGAUUACAGCGUGGCUUAGAAGGCCGGCCCGCCGACUUCCGGUUCUCAACAAGAUCGCACCCUCGACAAACACCGCCAAAAACGAUGCGAACAGAAUCGUAACGGGAAACAAGGACGAAUUGGCAACAGAGUAACGCAGUGUAAAAAAAAAAAAAAAAAAAAAAAGGUCGUUUCGACGUUGUCGAAGAUCGGAAGUGGCGGGAUAAGCCCUCGACUUAUGGGACCGGAGGGCGCGCCGCCAUGUUGACUCGAAGGCUGCGUCCUCCGGGCAGGGACGGAGAGAUCUGCGAAAGAGAAGGAGAGAAAGAAAGAAAAACCUUUUUGUACCCCACCCAAGUCACACUCUCGGUGUCGAAACGGUAAAGAAAAACCAAAAAAAACAAGCAACUAUGUUACUCGUGUAAGUGCAUCCUAAAUGUAACUGUUACGAAAUGCCCCUUCUCCGAAGCCCCACCCCAGGCCCCAGUCUUCAUCGUUUCGUACGUAGCAAGAGAGAGGGAUGAAACAAGCGGCGGAGAAAACGAGAGAAAAAGAAACAAUAGUGCGAAAGGAAGGGAGAGAAAGAGAGAGAGAGAGAGAGAGAGAGAGAGAGAGAGAGAGAGAGAGAGAGUGCUUGAAAUUUUGAGCGAAAGAUAUAAAACGCGCGCGAGUGAAAAGAUACGAAUCGAAAUCGUGAAUUUUUCCGAUCAAAAUGUAAUCAUCGUAUAUCUGAAAACAGUGCUUCGACGAUGAUUCGAGAGACUGUUGAAAACCAGUGUGCGUGGAGAAACGAAAAUUUCCACAGGUUGAGCAGUUGUUUCUCGGUUCUCGAUGCAUACGGAUGGAUGUGUCUCUUGUUUCUUGACCCCUUCCGUGACGCGACGUUUUCCUUUUCCGUUCUGUUCGCUGAACACGAUUUGUUUACACGCGUGCGCGCCUACGUUCUUUUUUUCCGCGUUUAUCGUCGUUUUAACACUUUUUCAUCGUAAUCCGUGUAUUACGCUCGGAUGUGAAUCGAAUGUGAGAAGAACGAGAGACGAUGCUACGUGAGCGAUACUACGUGUGUACGUGCGAAUGAUGAAACGUGUGCGUGUGUGUCUGCAUGUAUGUAUGUAUGUAUGGGAGAGAGAGAAAGAACGAACAAAGUGGGUGAGCAAGUGUUGAGGAUGCGUGCAAGCGAGACAAACAGCGAGACACUGUGCGCCUAUAUAUGUAUAUCUGUAUAUAGGUACCAUUUUCAACCGCUACCGUUGUUUCUUUCAUACUAUUUCUUCUCCUUUUUUUUUAUUACUAUUACGAUUUUAUUAUUAUUAUUAUUAUUAUUAUUAUUAUUAUUAUUAUUAUUAUUAUUAUUAUUAUUAUUAUUAUUAUUAUUAUUAUUGAUUAUAUUAUUAUUGUAAUCGAGAUGUAUUUUCUGUUGGCUUUAGAUUUUGUUCCUUUAUUUUUGUACGAGAACCGUUUUACCUUUACUAAGUGUGCGUUAAGUAAGCUGUAUAAGAACAUUUUUUUUUUCUUACCGUCAAUUCGACGAUCCAUUCAGAUGGAUCCAUUGCACGAACGACGCCGAUCGUUAACGAAGAUCGUCAACAGAAAAAAAAAAAAGGAGAUCGAACAAUGUUAAUUUUUCGAGAAACGAUAAAACGAAUGAAAACGAUCAGCGAUGUUCGCCAUUCUUUUCUUAGAUAUUAAGACGACUCUUUUCACGAAUCAAUUAUACGUGUAUGUAUAUAUGUAUAUACAUAUAUAUAUACAUACACGUAAUAUAUAUAUAUAUAUAUUUUUUCUCUUUUUGUUCUUUUACCUUUUAUUUUAAUUCUUUUAUUAAUUUUUUUUUCUUUUUGAUAGUUUGUUAUUGUUGUUUUUGUCCUUUCUUUUUGUAUGACAUAUUUGAUUAUAUCAGCGUGCUUCGCUCCUCUAGAUAAUAUAUACCAUUAUAUAUAUAUAUAUAUAUAUAUAUAUAUAUAUAUAUAUAUAUAUAUUUUUGUUAAUAAUAUAAGUGGUUUGACAUAAUUACAGUUACAGUGAUUAUCCUGUUGUAACGGAUUUGUUUUCUAUAUCUCUUACGAUCCACGAAUGAGUUAUUAAUAUAUAUAUAUAUAUAUAUAUAUAUAUAGAUAAAUAUAGAUAUAUAUCUAUAUAUGUAUGAAAGAUAUAAGAUGACGUGCAUAUAUAUAAAAAUAUAAAUAUAUAUGUAUAGAGCAUUAUACAUACUUAUAUGAAAAAAUUAUACAAACAUACAUAUAUAUAUAUAUAUUAUAUACAUACACUGCUAUUAUAUUUUGUUUAACGAGGAGACAAACCAAAAGAGCAAAAAAAAAAAAAAAAAAAAAGCGAAAAAUAUCUAAGAAAAAAACAAUGGGUGAGGUGAAAAGUCAAAGUUUUUCGGCGUGUUGCUUGUUCUGAAUUAAACAUCAGGGUGAAUAGAGGGUUAGAACAGAGAGGAGAAUGAGUGUAUGAGUGAGGAAGAGAGAAAGAAUUUCUUGAAAUUUUUCAAAUAUCCGGGUCAUCCUCUCGACCCAAAAAAGAGAGAAGAAGAAGAAGAAGAAGAAAAAAGAAAUUAGCGAAUUAUGAAACGAGAGAGGGCGAAAUGAGAAAAAUGGAGCGAAACAUAUAUAUAUAUAUACAUACACACAUACAUAGACACACACAUAGCAGGCAUGUACACAUAUUACACACGCGCUAACACAUACACGAACAAUCCGACAAGUAACACACCGGCUGAAACGAGGGAGAGUGGACGAAAGGGAUAAAGAGAAAAACCAAAAAACAGUCAAAGUGUGAGACAAAAAUGAAACUCGCGUGUAAAAUAUACUUAUAAUAUCAUUUUGUAAAUUAUUUUUUGUAUUUUUAUAUAUAUAUAUACAUAUAUAUAAAUAUCAAAGCAUACGAGACAAAAAGCGGAACAGUGUUUGUGCGUACGAAAAAAAAAAAAGGAAGAUAGAAAGGACGAGUGAGAGAAAGAACGUUGGAAAGAGAGAGAGAGAGAGAGAGAGAGAAGAAGGAAGAGAAUAGAAAUUUUGGAAGGAUGGAAGGAUGCCGUGAGAGUGAAGGAGCGAGAAAGAGUUGCGUUGAGAGGAAAGCGUGAGAAAGAGGGGGAAAAACGGAGAUGAAAAAUCUCGUGACGCAUUGAUAACACUGAUGAUACUUAAAAUCGAUCGUUGAUCAAAAAAAAAAAAAAAAAAAAAAA